AUGCUGAGUUCACGACAUCUGCGCGUAGACCAUGGGUCGCCGACUGAUACGCAUGCUGUCGAAACCACCAAAACAGAAACAAUACUCUCGCUUUUCCUCCUCCUCCUCCUCCUCCUCCUCCUCCUCCUCCUCCUCCCCCCCUCCGCCCCCCACAGGCUGCUAAAGUGAGUUCGCUCACUCUGGGAACCUCCUGUUGGCCAACACCUUUCAUCUGCUAAUGCGGAAGAAGUCCACUUGGAUGCACCCCCCGAUCGCGACGCCAACAGCUGUUGAACUAUGUUCGCGUCCGGCGGCGAGAUCGGCUGAGAGUGCUGAUGAUCAAGAAGAUCUGCGGCGCCGAUGGCCGGACGGACCACCACCUUGUCAUCUCCAAAAUGAGGCUCCGUAUGUAACCCAGCCGGAGGCCACAAGGUAGGCAAACCUCGGGUAAGCUGAUUACCGCUUUUGUGUACUUACCUGCUCUUCGUUUGCAUUUCAGCAAUCAACUGACCCAGCACCUGGAAAAACUGCUAGCUCUAGAUUAAAACGCCUCUGUGGAGACUCGAUGGUUUCAACCAUGGAACGGCGUUCAUUUGACCGCCCUGACUGCCCUCGGACUUGCACUUCGGCAGCACCAAGACUGGUUCGACAACAACGACGCAGUCAUCAGUAACCUGCUCGCCGACAACAGCAGGAUGCACAGAGCCUACCUCGACCGUCAAACAAUUUGACCUUCUACCAAUGUCGUCGUCUUGCGCAGCAACUGUUGCGAAAAUUGCAGGACUUUUGGAUGGCUCGCAAGGCCAAGGAAAUCCAGGGAUGUGUCGACCACAACGAAUCAAAUAAUUUCUUCGCUGCGACCAAGGCGAUCUAUCGCGCCCCCAACGAAGGAAACCGUGCCGUUUCUCAGCUCCGAUAGAUGAACGCUUUUGACAGAGAAGUCACAGAUUCUGAAGCGCGGGGCUGAGCACUUCAGAAGCGUUCUUAAGCCUCCCUCCACAAUCUCUGACGCUGCCAUCGACCGGCACCCCCAAGUGGAAAUCGACGUUGACCUGGAUGUCCCAGCCUCCCUUCCAGAAACCAUCCAGAAACAACUGUCCAGCGGGGAAGCACCGGGCUCCGACGCGAUCGCAACUGAAAUCUACGAUGACGGCUGCAAUCGACUGAUGAACAAACUGACGGCGCCAUUUCGGAAGAUGUGGCGAUGCGGGCAGAUUCCUCAGAAUUUCAAGGACGCAAUAAUCGUCCAUCUGUACAAGCAAAGGGAACCGACAACUCUGCGACAAUCGUGGGGGCAUCUCGCUGCUCAACAUCGUCACGAAGAUCUUCCCCCAAAUGCUUCCCAACCGCCUCAACGGUCAUCUAGAAUAAGGGCCUCUGCCGGAAAGUCAAUGUGGAUCCCGCUGACACAACACAAUCACCGACACGAUCUUAGACACCUGCCAGAUACAAUGAAGUGCCUGAAGAUGCGGAAUCACCUCCAUGCUACAUUCGUGGAUCUGAAGAAAUCCUUCAACACAGUGAAUCGUGAAGGAUUGUGCAGAAUCAUGCAGAAGCUCGGCUGUCCUGAGCGCUUCAUGCAUAUGUUACGUUAGCUUCAGGAUGGGAUGAUGACACGCAUCACAGACAACGACGCACUCUCCGAGGCAUUCGCAGUGAGAAAUGGGGUGGAACAGUAAGGGAACUAGUAAAGGCCGAGCCAUUGUCUGAACGAGCAUUUCAGGUAUCCCAAAAGUAGAGAAAACGGUUCGCAACUUGUUGAUUGAAGUCAGUGAAGAACAAGAAUUUCCUGUCGAAAUCGCAUCAAUCCAUUUAGUGUGGGCGUCAACUACCACCAAAACCAUAUGACCUUGGAAUGACCCAAAAUAAUCGACGUGUACCCUCUUCCACGGCGAGUCGGGUCAGACCCGAGGCUUCAAAGGAACCUUCCGUAAGGUCUUCUGUGUUAUUUGGUACACGUGACAUGCUUUCACCACGUUUUCUAUAUCUGCGUCAAUUUUAGGCCACCAAACAUAGUUGCGGGCGAGAGCUUUCAUUCUAACUGUACCAGGAUGGGCAUUAUGCAGGUCUUUGAGGAUGGCCCGUCGGCCUUGUGGUGGCACAACUACACGAAUACCCCAUAGUAUGCAUCCGUCUUGUAGACUUAACUCGUUCUGACGGCUGAAGAAUGGUUGAAAAUCAGGGGAGGUGGAGGGCGGCCAGCCAGAUUAUAAGGCUUUUUUUACCCGACUUAGGAGAGGGUCUCUCGAUGUCCACUGUCGAAUUUGUUGACAGGUUACAGGUGCGUUGACUAGGUUCUGCGAAAGAUUUAUGGUCUCAAAAACAGGUGCCCUGUUAAUGCCAUCGUCCACAAUAGGAAGCCUACUCAAGACGUCAGCCACUACGUUUGCACUACCUGUAAAGUAUUUCAUGGCAUACGUGUAUGCAGACAGGGUGAGUGCCCAUCGUUGCAUUCUGGGCGAGGACAUCUGUUGUAUCCCUCGUUUUUCUCCCAGCAGACCUAAGAGGGGUUUGUGAUCAGUGUGCAUCUCAAAGGGUCAGCCAAAAAGAUACAGGUGGAAGCGAUGUAGGACAAACAUUAUUGCCAAGGCCUCUUUAUCUGGUUGUGAAUAGUUGGUUUCCGUCUGUGACAUGGUUCUUAAUGCAAGGGCAAUCGGCAUCUCCGCACCAGAAGGCAUUCGGUACAUGAGAACCGCACCUACGCCGUACGGCGACGAAUCACAUUUCAGUAUGAUAGGCUUUUCGGGGUCACAAUGAACUAGGACAGAUGAGGAGUUAAGGGCCGCCUUUGCUCGUUCAAAAGCACUUUGUUCGACCUUCGACCAGUUCCAGCAACGAUUCUUUUCAAGUAGUCGAUAAAGGGGCUUUAGAAUUGUAGCCGAUUGAUUAAUAAAGCGAAAAAAGUGGGUAACUAACCCAAGGAAUAAACGCAAUUGACUAGUAUUGUUGGGGCGCGGCGCCGUCUUCAAGGCUUUGAGAUUAUGUUCGAGUGAAUGGAGGCCAGUUUUAUCCAUCCUGAAGCCCAGGUGUUCCACCCAAUCGGCAAGGAAAGUACACUUAACUUUCCUGAGUUCAGAACUUGUGUCUUCUAAACGUCCUACCACGAUGUUUGGAGUCUCCAGAUGACUAUGUUCAGAUGGGCCGGUAACUAAUAGAUCGUCAAGGUAUGCCCAAACGUGAGGUAUAUCCCUCACGAGGUUUUCCAUCAAGCAUUGAAAUAAACCAGGAGCAGAACUUGCUCCAAAUGAUAGUCUUUUGUAUUGGAACAAACCCCGAUGCGUAUUGAUGGUGGUGGCGUCUCCGGAUUCUGUAUCUAGGGCAACUUGGUUGUAAGCAUGCUUUAGGUCCAAAGUUGUAAACUGAUGACCACCCGAGAGGGAUGCGUACAGAUCCUCGAUGCGCGGGAGAGGAUAAGGGUUCAGUUUAGUUGCUGAGUUGAUUGUCAGCUUGUAGUCGCCACAGAUAUGCACAGAACCAUCGGAUUUAAGAACAGGAACUAUUCGGGCUGCCCAUUCCGAAUAUUGCACGGGCUCGAUUUUGUCCGCUUUCUGAAGGCGAUUCAGUUCUUCUUCGACCUUCGGUGCGACUGCAUAGGGAAAUGGACGAACUUUGAAGAACCGGGGCCGAAAAUCUGAUUGAGACUGGAACUUAACAGGUGGGCCGCGGUAGUGGGUAGCAGAAUCGUCACGAAGCAGUUCCUUAUGAUUUACCAAAAUGGAAUCUAGAACCGGAUUUUCGCCAAUCCGAUGUACAUAGGAUAGUACAGAAGGCACACAUUUAAUCCAAUUCCGUCCGAGGAGAUUUGGUUGCUGGCUUCCUCUCACCACAUGAACCGGCAAGUAAUGAAGUUCUCCAUCAUGCUCGACUUCGGCUGUAAAGAUCCCUCGAACCUCUACGUUCUGUCCAGUAUAACUACGGAAUGUUGAGCCAGCCAGAAGGAGGGAGGGUAAUUUCUGAAGAGAGGCCUCAUUGGUGAGAGUAACAGUUGAGCCAGUGUCGAUUUCAAACUUCACGGGAUGGCGAUCAACCGGAAGCGUGAUGGUGUAGGGCGAUUGGAGUGGCGUGUUGGCCGAAAACAUUCGGAGUAUCGCCUCGUCAUCCCCAGCUGGAUAAGGGUAGGUCGCAUGCGUGUUAUUGUUCGCCCGUCUUUUGGAGAAACACACUCGUUCGAUGUGGCCGAUUUUCUUGCAAAACUGGCAUACCGUCUUCUGGUGUCUACAAUAUGACCACCGGAUAUGAUGCUGACCACAACGGUAGCAGAAUGGUAAUUGUUUUGAGGGAGCUGAGGGUCGCUGCUUAGGUGAAGACAGCAGUGUUGACUAGGGAGACAGUCAUUUCAGAUUCCAAGGAUGCUAUCACUCCAUCGGUUGACUGAUUCAGCUGCUGAAGAUUUUCUCGCUCGCGCUCCUGAUGACUGGCGAUAUCACAGGCUUUCUCCUAUGACAAAUCCUUCCUCUCUAAUAAGAGAUUUUCCAGCGCUUUUUCAUCGCGCAGACCGACGAUCAACUGCUGAACGAGCAUUGCGUGCUCAAAGUUGUCUGCCUUGAUCUCUUUAUACCCACAGUCCUGGAUGGCGAGAGUCAGAUUACUAAUAAAAUCACUGACACAUUGACUGGAUUCUUGACACUUUUGACAAAACCGAUAGCGACUGAGAAAGAGUUGUCUUUUCCUCCCCACGCUGACUCGAGUUUUGUGAAGGCUGUUUGGAGAUCUAUAGCCUUUUGUAGAUUGAGGGCAUCGAAAUAUCGUUGUCCCAACUCUCCGAGAUUGGUCCGGAGGAGUUUCAGCUUAGAUGGGACGUCUAGUACAAUCGUGGGCAACAAAAUCGGGAGUAGUUCAAUAUAAUCCUCAAAUUUCUUCCUCCAUUGCAACCACGAGUCAUUUGAGGGCUUCUGGGUGUUCUUUGGCCAGGAAGGUAACGGUGUAGACAGCAAUGAAGACAUGUUCGUUAGGCUGUGCCGCCAAUGUUAUGUAUGCAAAACAGAAGGGUAAUUGGAAAUAGGACGUGUACUGAGUACGAGAGACUGUACAAGUGAUAAGGCUUGGGGAAACGCCGGGCAUAUGGCAAGGGGGACUGUCAUAGGCUGAUGGGUGGCAAUCAGCACAAAGAAUGUGUGAACAGGGGUCAUGACCUUGAUCGCUCGCUUGUCACGCGUUUGUGGCAUGAUGUCCUGACGACCCAGGCAGGAUACGCUGCAGGAUGCAUACUCGCUCUCACUCUUUUUAGCUUCAUGUGCUCUUCCAUGGUGAUGCUGAUGAUGAUGGUCACUUACCGCGAUGCGCACCCCGGGAUCCGCAUCAUCUAUAACAUCGACGAGCACCUUCUCAGCAGCGGGCGAAUGAGGGUCUCAAGACGUCUGUCCAUAGCUGCAAUCUAUGAUCUGCUCUUCGCCACCGACUGGGCACUCAACAGCACCACCGAAUAA